AUGGCGCACCCAGAAACUCUUCCUGGGACAGCGGUGCCCCCAAGGACCAUCACGGGCAGUCCUUCCUCCAGGGACCAUUGCAGUGGCAGCUGUACCUCUAGGGACUCUCCCAGGGGCUGCCAUACACCUAGGGAACCUCCCUGGGACAGCAGUGCCCCCAGGGAUUCUCCCAGGGUGGGCAGAACCUCCAGGGACCAUCGCAGUGGCAGCCAUACCUCCAGCGACCCUCCCAGGGACAGCAGCUGCUCCAAGGGACUCUCUGGGGCGCCGGCGCUCCCGGUAACCCUCCCAGGUGCGACGGUGCCACCAGGGACCAUCCCAGAGAUGAUAGCAUCGUCAGGGACCCACCCAGGGGAGGUGGUGUCUGCAAGGACCUUCCUAGGAGCGGCGGAGCCCCCAGGGACCCUACCAGAAGCAGCCGCAUACCCAGCGACUCUCCCAGGAAAAGCAGUUUCCCCAGUGACUCUCCCAGGGUCAGCAGUGCCUGCAGGGAGUCUCCCACGGGCGGCAGUGCCUCCAGCGACCCUCCUAGGGCUGGGAGCGUUCCCAGAGACCCUCCCUGGGACACCAGCUCCCCGUGGGACCCUUCCAGUGGCUGCAGCACCCCUGGGAACCCGCCCAGAGAUGGCAGUGCCUCCAGGCACCCUGCCAGGGGUGGCGCCACCAGGGACCCUCCCAGGGAUGACAGCUCCGCCAGGGACCCUCCCAGGGACGGCGCCAUACUCAGAGACCGAAACCACUGGUCCCCAUGGGCCCUAUGGGCCCUCAGGGACACUCCCAGGGACGGCAGCGCCCCAGGAAUCUCACCCAGCGAUGACGGCGCUCCCAGGGUUCCUUCCAGUGGCAGCAGCACCCUCAGGGAACCUUCCAUGGGCGGCGGAGCCCCAAGGGCCCCUCUCAGGGCAACUGUGCACCCAGGGAACCUCCCUGGUACAGUGGCAGCGCCAUGGACUCUCCCAGGAGCGGCAGGGACCAUCGCCGGGGCAGCCGUACUUCCAGGGACCUAACCAGUUGCUGCCUUACCUCCAGGGCCCUCCCAGGAAAAGCGUCUACCCCCAGGGUCCUUCCAAGGGGCACCGGCUACCCUGGGAACCCUCCCAAGGACGACUGCGCCGCCAGUGA